CUUGUAGCUACAAACAGCAAGUUAAUAAGGAAACUUCCGAAUAAAUUAUUUUUAUAAAUGCUUAAAACCCCCUUAAUAACGUUAUCCCACGUAAUCUACAAAGCUGUAUGCCCAUAUGGUUUAGCCAUCCAGAACAAUGGCUUUUUUUCGUCAGUUUGUCCUCCUGCUGUGGAAGAACACCACCUUCCGCAGGAGAAACAAGAUUCAACUGAUCAUUGAGAUCAUCUGGCCCCUCUUCCUCUUUCUUAUCCUCAUUGCUGUUCGUAAUUCAAAUCGUCCUUACAAAGAGGAAGAAUGUCACUUUCCAAACAAAGCUAUGCCAUCAGCAGGCACCUUGCCCUGGAUUCAAAGUAUGAUCUGCAACGUCAACAAUCCCUGCUUCCACAGCCAGACGCCUGGAGAGACUCCGGGCCAAGCUAGCAACUUUGACGACGCCAUCAUUUCUAAAGUCUUAGUGGGCGCACAGACGUUGUUGUCCUGGAGUGCAGAGCAUGGAUUGUCAGGCCUGAAGAAUGUGCUGGACAGCAUCCAGAAGCUGUCAUACGUUCAUGAAAUCUGGCCAAAUCACCAACUAAAAGACUACCUGAGAGCCGGCGAGACGUUUUCCUUCUAUUUGCGCAACAAGUCCGGUCUCUCGUCAGAGACUGUUGAUAAGCUGCUAAAUGCUCGCCUCAAUUUUCAGGCUUCUUUGCAGGAAAGCUCAUCCGAUCAGGAGAGAUUUUUUGAUGUGUGCAAUACAGAAUCAUUGGGAAAGUUUCUGACUGUGGAUGGAGGUAAAGCAGCUCUGAAUAACCUGAAAAAUGAGCUUUGUCACUGCUACUUGGGUGAUCGGCGAAACCGCUAUAUCGAGGCCAAGCAACUUUUUCUCUCUCAGCUGGACCCAGUCAAGUUGCUGAACCUGGAGAAGUCAACGCUGAACCUGGAGAAGUCAAUGGGCUUAUUUGGCGUCUACAGAGCCCUCUUCAAUUUUGUUCAGGAUCUUAGUGUCAACAAGGAGAGUUUAUCCAGCUUCAUAGAUUUGAGCAAUGAGAUGCACAAAUUGUCUCAAAAGGAGAAUGAGAAUGUUGUAACCAUGAAGAGUUUCGAGGCAUUCUCAAACAUUAUGUGUGGCCGCGACUUUGUUGGUCAAGAAUUAAGCAAUUCCCUCAACUGGUAUGACGACGACGACGUCAAGUCGUUCUUGAGAAAUAGCCGGCAAGUUGAUUUCUCACAUUUUUGUCCAAGCUUGGUUGAAUUACUGAAAACCAAUCCUCGGUCACGCCUAGUAUGGCAAGGAUUAAAACCUCUUUUUGCUGGAAAACUCCUGUACGCUCCAAACACACCUGCAGUUCAAGCCGUUAUGAAUAAGGUGCAACAAAGUUUUCCAAACUUCCAAAUCUUCCAGGAUCUUAACUAUGCUUGGAUGGAGCAGGGGCCCAAAAUUAAGAAAUUUAUGGAGAAUCGUAUGGAAGUUAAGAUACUGCAGAGUUUGCUUGAGGCGGAUAUUGUCAAAAAAAAAAUGGGGACAACCAUGAGCCAGUCAGCCUCACAAUUCCUAUCCAACUGGCUGGAAACCUACAACAACACCGAGAAUGCUAUCAAGGCUCUUGCAGGAGUCACUCAGUGUUUUCCCACUCAAAUGCCGGAGGGGUUGGAGAAUGAAGAUCAGCUGAUCAGCAGGGCUUUGGAGCUCCUGUCUUACGGAGAGUUUUGGGCAGGUGUGGUGUUUCUGCUUCCUGACGCUUCUUCUUAUGACCUACCGCCGCAUGUCACGUACAAGAUCCGAAUGGAUAUUGAUGAUGUUACCCGUACGAAUAAGAUCAAGGACGGGUAUUGGGGACCUGGCCCGGCAGCUGAUGCCAUUAGAGAUAUGCGCUACAUUUGGGGUGGCUUUGUGUAUGUUCAGGACAUGGUAGAGCAAGCACUGACCAACUUCUUCAUUGAAAGACAUUACCAUGACCAGGAAUAUUACAUACCGUACGAGCGUUGGCCGUACAAACAACAAAACAAGACUGGUGUCUACGUUCAGCAGAUGCCGUACCCCUGUUAUGUGGAUGAUAUGUUCCUGCGAUUGUUAAAUCGCUCUCUUCCGCUCUUCAUGACACUGGCCUGGCUUUAUUCAGUGGCAAUGAUCAUCAAGAGUGUUGUGUGUGAGAAAGAAACCAGGCUGAAAGAAACCAUGAAAAUUAUGGGACUGAAUACAGAAACAUUGUGGCUCGGCUGGUUCAUCAGCAGCCUUGUGCCUUUCCUGUUCUCUGCUGUACUCCUUAUUGUUAUACUGAAGUUGGGCGACAUCUUGCCAUACAGCAACCCCGCUGUCGUGCUUUUUUUUUUGUCUGCAUUUGCCACUGCCACUAUCAUGCAGUGUUUCCUCAUCUCUACGCUCUUCUCCAAAGCCAACCUGGCCGCCGCAUGUGGAGGGCUCAUAUACUUCAGCCUCUACCUUCCCUAUGUACUGUGCGUAGCCUGGAUAGACAGCCUCAACACAACCCUUAAAGUCUUAGCUAGUUUUCUGUCUCCUGUGGCCUUUGGGUUUGGCUGUGAGUAUUUCUCUCAAUACGAAGAGCAAGGCAUCGGCAUCCAGUGGCACAAUUUAUGGUCCAGUCCUGUGGAAGGAGAUUCAUACAACUUCAGUACAACAAUAGUUAUACUCUAUAUGGAUGCCUUCAUCUACAUUAUCGCAGCCUGGUACAUCGAUGCCGUGUUCCCGGGUGACUAUGGCAUCCCCCGACCGUGGCACUUUCCUUUUCAUAUGAACUACUGGAAUGGAAUACCACUGGAGGCCGGCAUGCCGAUCCCUCCUGCCCCUCCUGAGCAGGGGGAAGAUCGCAUUGAACCAGAGCCUAGCAACCUGGUCCUCGGUGUAAGCAUAACAAACCUGGUGAAAAUCUACACGCAUGGAGGCAAGUUGGCUGUCAACCACCUCAACCUGAAGUUCUAUGAGGGGCAGAUCACCUCGUUUCUGGGCCACAAUGGAGCAGGAAAAACUACUACCAUGUCUGUCCUGACUGGUUUGUUCCCACCCACCUCGGGGACAGUGUACAUCAAUGGUAUGGACAUUCGCUAUGACAUGGAAAUUAUUCGAAGGACCCUAGGCGUGUGUCCGCAACACAAUGUCCUAUUUGACAGUCUAACAGUGGAGGAGCAUGUGUGGUUUUAUGGACGUUUAAAAGGUUUGUCCGAAGAAGAGGUGAAAGCAGAGAUGGACCCAAUGCUCGAGGAUGUUGGUCUGCUGCACAAAAGACAUGAACAGACCAAAAAUCUCUCUGGUGGCAUGCAGAGGAAGCUGUCUGUGGCAAUUGCAUUUGUUGGAGGCUCCAAAGUGGUUGUUUUGGAUGAACCUACAGCAGGGGUUGACCCGUACGCCCGCAGAGGGAUCUGGGACCUGCUGCUCAAAUAUCGCAAAGAUCGAACCAUCAUCCUGUCUACUCACUACAUGGAUGAGGCAGAGCUACUUGGUGAUCGGAUCGCUAUCAUCUCAUAUGGAAAGCUAUGCUGCUGUGGCACACCCCUCUUUUUAAAAUCUAAACUGGGAUCUGGCUACUAUCUGACCGUGGUCAAGAAGGAACAACUGAAUCCCAGCACACCCACCCAGGGGCAUAGAGGUGGGGGGGACAGCAUGUCCAUUAGUGGAGACACUGAGCUGCUGAGUGACGGCUACACCACAUAUGUGGCUGCACUGCUCUCUUUAGUGAAGAACUACAUUCCUGGUGCAAGCCUGGUGAAUGAAUCAGGUCGUGAGGCAGUGGUGAAAAUACCCCAGGAAGCAGCCAAGGAUGGCACCAUGGCUGUCUUUCUGUCUGAACUGGAUCAGAAGCUGGAUGAACUCAGAAUCCUCAGCUACGGCUUGUGUGACAGCACCUUGGAAGAAAUCUUUCUUCGAGUGGCAGAGGAAACUAAUGUUGAUGCUGAACCAAAGCUGGAUGAUGCUGAACCAGAGCUAGAUGAUGCUGAACCAAAGCUGGAUGAUACCAAACCAGAGCUGGAUGUUGCUGAAUCAGAGCUGGAUGUUGCUGAACCAGAGCUGGAUGAUGCUGUACCAAAGCUGGAUGAUGCUGAACCAAAGCUGGAUGAUGCUCAACCAGAGCUGGAUAAUGCUGUACCAGAGCUGGAUAAUGCUGUACCAGAGAUGGAUGAUGCUGAACCAAAGCUGGAUAAUGCUGUACCAGAGCUGUAUGCCGACCCGCUUCAGCUGUCACAACCAUCUGAGCCGAGUCAACAUUUUGAAGUGCCGGAGACAGAACCACUGGAGAUGAACAUGCUAAGUGGAGAUGGCCAAGGUGGGUUAGCCCUGACUGGAUGUUGGCUGAUCUGGCAGCAGCUGAGAGCUCUCUUUACCAAACGGUUGCUGUAUGCUCGCAGGAGUCGCCGGGGCUUUUUUGCUCAGAUUGUCCUGCCUGCUGUGUUUGUGCUGAUCGCUCUGCUGGCCAGUCUCAUUGUGCCGCCAUUUGGGAAGUACCCUGCCCUGAAGCUUGAGCCCUGGAUGUAUGGAGAACAGUACACUUUCUUAAGCAAUGAUGCUACUGGAGAUCCAGUAAUGGAAGAACUGCAGAAAGCUCUGCUCGACAAGCCAGGUUUUGGAACCAAGUGUAUAGUAGACGAAGACAACAAAACGAACCCUGAGUGUGACAACCUGGAGGGAUGUUUGUUCACGCGGCCUCGGGUUUCCUCCUCCACUCUGCAAAUGUUUGAAAGAGGAAAAUGGACCAAAGAGAGGACUCCUGACUGUCAAUGCAGCACCGAGGUUGUCAGACGGAUGCUCCCUGAAUGUCCGCAGGGGGCCGGCGGACUUCCGCCACCACAGAUCAUGAGGGAAACUGGUGACAUUCUCCAAAAUCUGACAAAUUACAACAUCUCAGAUUUCCUGGUGAAGACCUACCCAAAUAUCCUUAAGAAGAGCAUGAAGACCAAGAAGUUGGUGAAUGAAUUUAGAUAUGGAGGUUUCUCCCUGGGAGGCAACACCAUCAAGUUUUCUUCAAGACAGGAACUCGAAAAGUCCCACCAGAAAAUCCGAGAAUACUAUGACUACUACUCUAUUAGUCGGUGGGGCUCCUUUGAUACGUUCCUACGAAAAAUACCAGUUUUUUCGGAACGACUUAACACUGAAAAAAAUGUCAAGGUGUGGUUCAAUAACAAAGGUUGGCAUGCUAUGGUGUCAUUUGUUAAUGUGAUGAACAACGGUCUUCUGCGGGCCGACCUGCCACCUGAUCUGAGACAAAAAUACGGCAUCACUGUUUACAAUCACCCGUUAAACCUCACGAAGAGGCAGCUUAGCCAAAUUGCCAUCAAGACGACGUCCGUGGACAUUUUGGUUUCUGUCUGCGUUAUGUUUGCCAUGUCCUUUGUGCCAGCCAGUUUUGUCCUUUUCCUGAUUGAAGAGCGAGUCAGUAAAGCCAAACACCUCCAGUUUGUCAGUGGUGUCAAACCAAUCCUCUACUGGGUGGCAUACUUUUCCUGGGACUUGCUGAACUAUGCUGUCCCAGCCAUCAUGGUGGUGGUGAUCUUCAUCUGUUUCCAGAAGGAAGCUUACGUCUCACCGACCAACCUGCCAGCUCUAAUCCUGCUCCUUCUCUUGUAUGGGUGGUCCAUCACUCCUUUGAUGUACCCAGCAUCCUUUGUGUUCAACGUUCCCAGCACGGCCUACAUUGUCUUGACCUGCAUCAACCUCUUCAUCGGAAUCAACGGCAGCAUUGCAACGUUUCUCUUGGAUUUCUUUGACGAUAAGUAUUUAAAGAAGGUCAACUUUAUCCUGAAGUGGGUGUUUCUCAUCUUCCCUCAUUUCUGCUUGGGACGAGCACUCAUCGACAUGGCAAAGAACCAAGCCAUGGCUGACAUCUUUCAGAGACUGGGCGCCAAGCAGACCCAACACCCAUUCCAGUGGGACUUUGUUGGGAAAUACCUCUGCGCUAUGGGAGUUGAUGGUAUUAUCUUCUUUAUUUUCACCAUACUGGUGCAGUACGCAGUCAACAUGCGCUGCAGACCAUGGUGGAUUGGGUCUGAGAUCGCUCCUCUCGGCCCAGAAGAUGAGGACGUGGCCAAGGAGAGAGAGCGGGUUAAAAGUGGCGGAGCUGAAACUGACAUCUUGACCAUAAUGGAGUUAAGCAAAGUGUAUAAAGCUGGAAGGAAGCCAGCAGUGAAUCGUCUCUGUCUGGGAAUUCCUCGUGGUGAGUGUUUUGGCCUCCUUGGCAUCAAUGGAGCAGGGAAGACAACUACAUUUCGCAUGCUGACAGGGGACACGUUCAUCACCUCUGGAGAGGCUUACCUUGCCGACCACAGUAUCCGGACAGAGAUCGAGAGAGUUCACCAGCUGAUGGGCUACUGCCCGCAGUUUGACGCCAUCAGCCACCUGCUGACUGGCAGGGAACAUUUGGAGCUGUUCGCCCGUCUACGAGGUGUGCCUGAAAAGUCUGUCACCAAGGUGGCUCAGUGGGCUGUGAAGAAGCUGGGAUUGAGCCAGUAUGCUGAACAAGAAGCUGGACGCUACAGUGGAGGCAACAAGAGAAAGCUUUCCACUGCCAUCGCCCUCAUCGGAGCUCCACCCGUCAUAUUUCUGGAUGAGCCCACCACUGGCAUGGAUCCCAAAGCCAAAAGAUUCCUGUGGAACUGCAUCCUCAACAUCACCAAAGAAGGAAGGGCUGUAGUUCUGACCUCCCACAGUAUGGAGGAGUGUGAGGCUCUCUGCACCAGAAUGGCCAUCAUGGUCAACGGCAGGUUCCAGUGUCUUGGAUCAGUGCAACACUUGAAAAACAGGUUUGGUGACGGCUACACCAUCAUCCUACGUCUGAGAGACAGUCAACCUGACUCAUGCCCCGUCAACAACUACAUGAAGCACUCCUUCCCUUUCAUCGAGCUGAAGGAGCAACACCACAACAUCCUGCAGUACCAGCUGCCCUCACACGCCUGCUGCCUGGCUCGGCUCUUUGGCCUGCUGGCCAACAACUAUGAGGAGCUGGGCAUUAGCGACUUCUCUGUUUCGCAAACCACCCUGGACCAGGUCUUUGUCAACUUUGCAAAGGCGCAGACUGAUGAUGACGACCUGCUCAUAGAGGUGACCAGCACUAAUGGGGAAGAUCUCGCCAACCCGACCGCUCCAAACACUCCGAUUAACCCUCGCACCGUCCAAUCGCCGCCUUCAGUCCCACUGCCGCCAAUGACAUUCUCCCCUGACAAAGAAAAAGGGGGGAAAGUGAAAACAUCCGAGGUUCUAAGCGACGAAAGCAGCCCAAGCUCAAAUGGCAGCAAUGAUGAUGAUGAUGAUGGUGGUGAUGAUGAUGGAACUCGAGGGGUGAGUCCACCGAAUCGGAGCCGCAACCAUCCUUCAUUUCUCUUUAUAGAUGACACCAGCUCAGAGGACACCCUACUGUGACAUAGUCAGAAUCCAACCACUCUGUUCUAUAUACGUGUCUAUCUAAUUUGGUCUUUUCUGACUUACAAAUGUUACAAAGUUGGAUAACCGUGCUAAACAAUGCCUAAGUGUCAAAUCAUGAUAUAAGCAAACUAGAAAUGUCCGAUAAUGGCUUUUUUGCAGAUAUCCGAUAUUCCGAUAUUGUCCAGCUUUUAAUUACCGAUUCCGAUAUCAACCGAUAUAUACAGUCGUGGAAUUAACACAUUAUUAUGCCUAAUUUUGUUGUGAUGCCCCGCUGGAUGCAUUAAACAAUGUAAUAACAAUGCCAUAUUUACCUUUGAGACACUUGUGAUUUAG